AUGCCUAAGAACAGCAAGGUGGUAAAAAGAGAACUAGAUGAUGAGGUUAUCGAGUCAGUUAAGGAUCUUCUCUCUAAUGAAGACUCUGCAGAUGAUGCCUUUAAGAAGAGUGAACUGCUGGUUGAUGAUCAAGAACAUAAAGAUGUAGAUGUUGAAGAGGGGUCAGAUGUAGAAGAUGAAAGACCAGCCUGGAACAGCAAACUUCAGUAUAUUCUGGCACAAGUUGGAUUUUCUGUAGGGCUGGGAAAUGUGUGGCGAUUCCCAUAUCUGUGUCAGAAAAAUGGUGGAGGUGCAUAUCUUGUGCCAUAUUUAAUUUUGCUGAUGAUAAUAGGGAUUCCACUUUUUUUCCUGGAGCUUUCUGUGGGCCAGAGAAUCCGACGAGGAAGCAUUGGCGUAUGGAAUUACAUCAGCCCCACGCUUGGUGGAAUUGGAUUUGCAAGCUGUGUAGUAUGUUUCUUUGUGGCCCUCUACUACAAUGUGAUCAUUGGAUGGAGUUUGUUUUACUUUUCUCAGUCGUUUCAGCACCCCUUGCCAUGGGAUCAGUGUCCUUUGGUGAAAAAUAUUUCUCAUACAUUUGUGGAGCCUGAGUGUGAAAAAAGCUCUGCUACCACCUAUUACUGGUACAGAGAAGCACUGAACAUUUCCAACUCUCUCUCAGAGAGUGGGGGUCUGAACUGGAAAAUGACUCUGUGCUUGCUGGCUGCCUGGAUUCUGGUUUGCCUGGCAAUGAUCAAAGGCAUUCAGUCUUCAGGCAAAAUCAUGUAUUUUAGUUCCCUUUUCCCUUAUGUGGUACUUAUAUGCUUUCUAGUCAGAGGACUGCUUUUAAAUGGUUCCAUGGAUGGAAUUCGUCACAUGUUUACACCUAAGCUUGAAAUAAUGCUGGAGCCCAAGGUCUGGAGAGAAGCUGCUACUCAGGUGUUCUUUGCCUUAGGGCUUGGAUUUGGUGGAGUCAUUGCCUUUUCAAGCUACAACAAGAGAGACAACAACUGCCAUUUCGAUGCUGUUCUGGUGUCCUUCAUCAAUUUUUUCACUUCUGUGCUGGCAACUUUGGUGGUGUUUGCUGUCCUGGGCUUCAAAGCAAAUAUCAUAAAUGAGAAAUGCAUUACCCAAAAUUCAGAAAAGAUUUUAAAUCUUUUGAAAAUAGGCAAUCUGAGCCAGGAUAUGAUCCCCCAUCAUAUUAAUUUCUCUAGCAUUACAGCAGAUGAUUACAAUUUAGUUUAUGACAUCAUUCAAAAAGUUAAAGAAGAAGAAUUUCCUGCUCUUGGCCUGAAAUCCUGUCAGAUCGAAGAUGAGCUUAAUAAGGCUGUUCAAGGCACCGGUUUAGCUUUUAUUGCCUUUACAGAAGCAAUGACCCACUUCCCUGCUUCUCCUUUCUGGUCAGUGAUGUUCUUCCUCAUGCUGGUAAAUUUGGGACUUGGCAGUAUGUUUGGAACCAUUGAAGGAAUCAUCACACCUAUUGUUGAUACCUUCAAAGUGAGGAAAGAAAUUCUUACUGUCAUCUGCUGUCUGGUGGCGUUUUUAAUUGGCCUGAUCUUUGUGCAGCGCUCUGGAAAUUAUUUUGUCACAAUGUUUGAUGAUUACUCUGCUACUUUGCCUCUACUUAUUGUGGUCAUUUUGGAGAAUAUUGCCAUUUCUCAAGUUUAUGGGAUAGACAAAUUUAUGGAGGACCUAAAGGAUAUGCUUGGUUUUUCUCCAAACCAAUAUUAUUACUACAUGUGGAAGUAUGUUUCCCCUGUAGUAUUGUUAUUUUUGCUGGUAGCUAGUAUUGUCCAAAUGGGAUUAAGUCCUCCUGGUUACAAUGCAUGGAUUGAAGAAAAGGCUACUGAGGAGUUCCUGAGCUAUCCACCCUGGGGAAUGAUUGUCUGUAUAUCUCUGAUGAUAUUGGCCAUACUUCCUGUCCCUAUAGUCUUCAUAGUCCGCCGCUGCAAUCUUAUUGAUGAUAGCUCUGGUAGUUUGGCCGCUGUAUCCUACAAAAGAGGACGGAUAAUAAAGGAGCCUGUUAAUCUAGAGGGAGAUGAUGCAAGUCUGAUUCAUGGGAAGAUUCCAAGUGAGCUGCCAUCUCCAAAUUUUGGUAAAAACAUAUACCGGAAACAGACUGGAUCCCCAACUCUGGAUACUGCUCCCAAUGGACGCUAUGGUAUUGGCUAUCUAAUGGCAGAUAUGCCAGAUAUGCCAGAGUCUGACUUGUAG